AUGGCUGCAAAUAAGGGUCAAGAAGCUAUGAAGAAAGCUCUCCAAAACGCUCGAGGAGCCGGGCUUGGAGUUGGUUUACUUGCUGCUGCUGGAGCUGCAGCUUAUGGAGUUGCUCAAUCCAUGUUCACAGUCGAAGCUGGUCACAGAGCUAUUAUGUUCAACAGAGUAGGAGGAUUGUCCAAUGAAGUGUAUAAGGAAGGACUUCACUUCAGAGUACCAUGGUUCCAAUAUCCCAUUGUUUAUGAUAUCCGUGCCAGACCCAAUCAAAUCAGAUCUCCCACUGGAUCCAAAGAUUUACAAAUGGUAAACAUCGGACUCCGUGUCUUGUGCAGACCAGACCCUGGUAGCCUUGUAAAAAUUUAUAGAACUCUCGGACAAAACUGGGAAGAGCGUCUUUUGCCUUCUAUCUGUAACGAGGUUCUUAAAGGCGUUGUCGCUAAGUUCAACGCUUCCCAAUUGAUUACUCAACGUCAACAAGUAUCUAUUUUGGUAAGAAAAGCACUCAUUGAGCGUGCUUUGGAUUUCAAUAUCAUCCUCGAUGAUGUUUCCAUCACUGAAUUAGCUUUCUCAGCCCAAUAUUCCGCUGCUGUUGAAGCCAAGCAGGUUGCAGCCCAAGAGGCCCAACGUGCUCAUUUCCUUGUUGAGAAGGCCAAGCAAUCUAGACAAGAAAAGAUUGUCCAAGCUGAAGGAGAAGCUACUUCAGCUAAAAUGUUAGGAGAAGCUAUGCGUAAUGAUCCUGGUUUCUUGAAACUCAGAAAAAUCCGUGCUGCUCAGAACAUUGCCAAGCAGCUUUCUAAGAACCCCAACAACAAGGUCUACCUCCCAUCAGGUGGAUUAAUGUUGAACAUUGCUGAUGAAGAUUAUCUCUCUGUAGCCGGCGAUAAGAAGAGACGCUAA